AUGGCGACCUUGUCCUCUGCAUCACCUCCUCCUCCGAUUGGAACGUGUACGACGUUUGAAAGUAACUGUCAGUAUCAUUAUCGAGAUUAUAACGAAGACACAAUACCAAAACAACAUCCUCAUCUUACUGGUUAUCCACGAGUGCUGAUUGAGCUACAGCUGUCUUCUCCAUCUUCAAUUGAUGCAUUUUUGCCUCAGGAAGAAACAGUAUGGGUUAAAGCGUGGAAGAAAUGGAAAUCUUCGGGGUUGACUGCAGUGCUGGAAGAGAUGUCAGAAGGGGAUGGAAGUUGGCUAUCUAGUAUGUCCGGUUGUUUGCUGUCUGUAGUUCAUCGUGUCACUUCGUUGUAUGGCUGGCUGUAUCCUCAUUUGAAGCUUUCAUGUUGUGACAUGAUUGCUGAAUUUUCUGAGACUUCUGACUGGUCUAACAGUGCAAUUCGAGUUAUUGCUUGGCAUCCUAUCAUACCCAAGCUUGCUGUGGCAGGAAAUGAUGACGUUGUCAGAAUCUUCUGUUUAGAAACUGAAACUUGGCCACAACUGAAGCACAAACUUCAAAAACAUGUAGCCUGUCUUGCUUGGAGACCUUUAGCAUGGAAUACAUUGGCUGUAGGAUGCAAGUGUGGUGUUGUAGUAUGGAAUGUGGAUCCUCAAAUAGCAAGACCAUCUUCAAAUGCUAUGCAACACCUCAGCUGUGGUAUUGGUCCCAUUACGAGUGUGUCUUGGAAUUCAACGGGUCGAUUACUUGCUGCUGCAUCCCCUGCACACACAACAAUAAUGGUUUGGGCUGUAGAGUCUGAGCGUUCGGUGCCUCUGCACAGAUUUGGUGGUGGUGGAAUUCCCUUCUUGUUGUGGUCACCAGAUGGUUCUCAUGUUGUCUCAUCUUCAACUUCCAAGUUCUUCAGAGUUUGGGAAACACAGAUGUGGACGUGUGAAAAAUACUCAAAUAUGUCAGAUAGACUCCAGUCGGCUUGUUGGAGUCCAAGCGGACAAAUUUUAGUGUUUGCUGUUCGUGGCGAGUCGUGUCUUUAUUCUCUAUGGUUUACUUCUUCCUCUGGAGAUUCGUCGACUUCGAGGCCAUCAGUUGGAAAUCAAGUCUGUGUAAAGUGUGUGGAUCUCAGUCCAUACACGUUUAGUACUCAACGUGGUGAUGUCACGGUUGGUGGACACGUCCAGUCUUUGGCUUGGGAUUCUCGAGGAGAGCGCCUUGCCAUUCUGUGCACUCCCAACAGUCCAGGAGCCGAACUGAUUAUCAUUUGUCGAACAAGAGAAACUCCUACAGUAGAAAUUAUUCCAAGUGGCUUCAUACGAGGUCCUAACAGUUCUGGUCUGCCACAUUGCAUCUCAUUUCAGAGUAACUUUGAGCAUGGUGCUCUACUUAGUGUGGGCUGGUCCAACAGGCAAGUAACGUUUGUGCCUCUAUACUUUGAAUCACACCAAGAGUUUGGAACACCAACUCAGUCUGGCUUAACACCUCACUCUAGCAAAAUGAAGAGUACUUCUACUGUAACAUUUCGAUCCCCUCUCUUUUCGCCAUCGUCUUAAUAUUAGGAUUACAUACCUUUAAUUCUUGUUCGGUGGUGUGUCUGAUAAUAAAAUGGACUUCUUACUACAGUAUAUUUGAUGUCCUGGCAUACUAAUGUCAGACAUCUGUAUGACGAAUGGAAUAGAGCUAUACAUGUACACGUGUACAUAAAAUGUAUCUGUCCAUUAGAGAGGUAGAAUACAAUGAUGAGAUUUCUAGUA